CCGUCAGAACCCAAACCCGUGACUAUCAUGGGACUCAAGACCAGGAAAAAAAAUUAAAAAAAUUAAGAGCCAGAGAAGCAAUCUUCACAUACACAGCCAGCCAGAGACGGGGGACUAUCUCAUUCAGGAAGGUGUCCUGUGCCCUGACCCUAUAAGAUGCCAAGAGAAGAUGCUCACUUUGUCUACGGUAACCCCAAGAAGGGGCACCACCACUCAUACAUCACAGCUGAAGAGGCUGCAGGGAUUGGCAUCCUGACAGUGAUCCUGGGAAUUUUACUGCUCAUCGGCUGCUGGUAUUGUAGAAGACGAAGUGGAUACAGAACCUUGACGGAUAAAAACCAUCAUGUUGGUAGUCAAAGCACCUUAACAAGAAGAUGCUCACGUGAAGGGCUUGGUCAUCAGGACAGCAAACUGCCUUUUCAAGAAAGAAAUUGUGAUCUUGUGGUUCCCAAUGCUCCAUCUUCCUAUGAGAAACUCUCUACUGAACAGUCACCACCACCUUACUCACCUUAAGAGACAGCAAAACACCUGAGAAAUGCUGAAAUGAUUCCCCUCACAUUUUUGCUUGGAUUUAAUAUCUAACAUUCUGCUUUGGAAUGCUGCAGGAACAAUGUAUAUCAUCUCUAAUAACAAGUCAGUGUUACAUUCUUAGUAGAGCAACUAGCAGUACUAAUCAAGUAAGGAAAUGAUGAGAAACAUUAAAAUGGGAAAAACUUCAUCAAUAAAUGUUAUAAUGCAUGAUACU